UGCGCUCUCCACGCCCCCCAUUUCCGUAUGGUUCAGUCCGGCAAUGGUCGCUCCCACAGCAGGUUUUGUUACGUGAAGCUCUUCCUUGUUUAGGUUGGACUUCAGCUGCCUUCGAAUAUGGAUUCUGCACGUCGGUGCUGUCUGCAUCUUCUGGCAUUUGUCUGCGUUUAUCUUUCGUACGAAGGCUGCUUCGUUUCCGCGCACUUAGCGCCUCCGUUUACGGAAGAAUGCCGCACCGGCAUGUACCCGCCUACAGGUCCAACGUUCAAAGGUGCAGUCACCUGGUAUACAGUAGACCUCAACUUACCUGCCAGCAAGAGAUGGGCUGCAGUGAUCAGUGACAAAAAAGCUGAUCUGGUCGCCAUGAUCCAGGUGAUACGUGACUUGGCCAAUGCUUUCGUGCCCAGCGGGAAGCUCAUUGAGAUUGUAGACAAGGACCUGCCGCUUCUUGUGGACACGCUGCCGUAUCCGUUCAACGAGGAGAUCCGUGGAAUCGCAGCGGUAUCCGGGGUGCCUCUCGGAGAGGUCGUGCUGUUUAAUAUCUUUUAUGAGGUGUUUACUGUCUGCACUUCAGUUGUGGCAGAAAAUUCCAAAGGAAAUUUGUUCCAUGCUCGAAAUCUGGAUUUUGGGUUGUUUAUGGGGUGGGACGUGAAGAAUAAGACAUGGAUCUUGACAGAGAAGCUGAGGCCACUGGUGGUCAAUGUGGACUUCAGGAGGAACAACCAGACGGUCUUUAAGUCGACUAACUUUGCUGGCUACGUGGGCAUUUUAACAGGCAUCCGUCCUCAUGUCUUUACCUUGACCAUGAACGAGCGCUUCAGCCUUGAUGGGGGGUACAUCGGGAUCCUGGAGUGGAUCCUAGGCCAGAGGGAUGGGAUGUGGAUGAGCUUCCUCACACGGUCUGUGUUGGAGAACGCUACCAGCUACGAGGAGGCCAAGAAACUGCUGUCUCAGACUAAACUGCUGGCACCAGCCUAUUUCAUCCUUGGUGGGAACCAGACUGGUCAAGGUUGUGUGGUAACCAGGUCCAGGACCCUCAGCUUGGACAUCUGGGAGCUUGACCACAGCCUAGGAAGGUGGUAUGUGUUGGAGACUAAUUACGACCAUUGGAAGGAGCCGCUGUUCGUGGACGACCGCAGGACCCCAGCCAUGAAAUGCAUGAAUCAGACCACACAGGCGAAUAUUUCACCCAAGACCCUGUAUGAUGUUCUUUCAACCAAACCAGUUCUGAACAAGUUGACCACCUAUACGACGCUGAUGGAUGUAUCCACAGGCCUCUUGGAGGCCUAUCUUCGGGACUGCCCCGAUCCCUGUUCACCGUGGUGAAGCUCCCUUUGACAAACCUGGUCCCAGAGCAGCUUGGAGCAGUGCUUUGGGUAGUUUGCUCUUUACUAAUGUACCUCUCCUACACCUCAGGCUUGUGUACCGGCUGCUGGGACAGCUUCAAAGUGCCAUGAUGAAUAUUGCUUGAGGAUGUUGGUUCCUCUUUCUGAAUUGUUUCCUUAAUGAAGUCUGGCAGCUGGCUAUAGGUAGAUGUUUCUGUCUCUGUCAAUGAACACAAUGAAUCACACCAUGUCCAGUUUUUACUAUGGUCCUGUUUUCACACAUGGUGACCACAAAAAAAGUCUUAAGCUAAAUCUGGCCCUGGAUACUUUCCAUACUCAUUAACGAAAAGUGUCAUAUCCACAAAUGGAUCCACAAAUUUCCACAGCUGGACAUUUCUGGGUGGAAUUAAGCAAAUGAGUAACAAGUUUAAUUUCCAUUGGUUAUACUAAAGUUGCCAUAUUUGGACCCAGUGAAGUCACCAAGUGCCUUAGUAGGCUGGUUUCAUAAUGUAUCAAACUGUGAUCCAUAUGCUUGCGUCCUCUGCUCUGAGGGUCUGAAUUAAAAUGCAGUAACACUAUGGAGUGAAUUGACACGGGUGCAGGGGUUGUCCAGGGUGUGGUCAGCCAUCUACAGUGGGUCCUGUCGCACUUAACAUUUAGCCCAUAGCUGAGCCUAACAAAUGUAGGAAAGCAGUGAUUCAUGAUGCAGUGUCUAUGGAAAUAAUUGAUUUAUUGCAUGACAAGAUUGAAAAUAAAUUCUCAGCCACGUGUAACUUGUUUUCAUGGCCAUGGUGUCUUAGGCCUAUAUGCUACAGUAACAGCUCUAUCGAUUACUUGUGCAGCAGAAUUGUUAUAAAAGAUAUGUGAUUAAAACCUUGCUGGUUCAUUUUAAAA